CUGAUAGCACGUUCCUCGAGUUUACUUUGCUUUCCUUGAGUUUAUUGUAAAGGGGUAAAGUUUUCGGAUCUGUCACGUGACCCUGACAGGUCCUGCCUAUGGCGCGGCAGACCACCCACGCCGAGGGCCAUGGAACUGCUUAAUAGAAACAGGCUUGUAAUUGUGAGUCCGCGCUGCACUCCGCCGAAAGCCUCCGGCGGCCCAGCGCGCCGGGGUUUUUACACUUUCCGUUCCUUUUGUAAAGACCGAGGAGGAGGAGAGGACGAAGACCAAGACGAAGAAAAAGACGACAAGGAAGACAAAGAGACCUGCAGCGACCAGGGGAAAGCUACUGGCCGAAAAGCGCCGCUGUGGCUGAGAGCGAAGUUUCAGAGACUCUUAUUUAAACUGGGUUGUUACAUUCAAAAAAACUGCGGCAAAUUCUUGGUUGUGGGCCUCCUCAUAUUUGGGGCCUUCGCUGUGGGAUUAAAGGCAGCUAAUCUGGAGACCAACGUGGAGGAGCUGUGGGUGGAAGUUGGUGGACGAGUGAGUCGCGAAUUAAAUUAUACUCGCCAGAAGAUUGGAGAAGAGGCUAUGUUUAAUCCUCAACUCAUGAUUCAGACCCCGAAAGAAGAAGGUGCUAAUGUCCUGACCACAGAAGCGCUCCGCCAACAUCUGGACUCGGCACUCCAGGCCAGCCGGGUCCACGUUUAUAUGUAUAACAGGCAGUGGAAAUUAGAACAUUUGUGUUACAAAUCUGGAGAACUUAUCACAGAAACAGGUUACAUGGAUCAGAUAAUAGAAUAUCUUUACCCUUGUUUAAUCAUUACACCUUUGGACUGCUUUUGGGAAGGGGCCAAGUUACAAUCGGGGACAGCAUACCUACUAGGUAAGCCUCCUUUGCAGUGGACAAACUUUGACCCUUUGGAAUUCCUAGAAGAGUUAAAGAAAAUAAACUAUCAAGUGGACAGCUGGGAGGAAAUGCUGAAUAAGGCAGAAGUUGGUCAUGGUUACAUGGACCGGCCCUGCCUCAAUCCGGCUGAUCCAGACUGCCCCGCCACAGCCCCCAACAAAAAUGCAACCAAACCUCUUGAUAUGGCCCUUGUUUUGAAUGGCGGAUGUCAUGGGUUAUCCAGGAAGUAUAUGCACUGGCAGGAGGAGCUGAUUGUGGGUGGCACGGUCAAGAACAGCACUGGGAAGCUUGUCAGUGCCCAUGCCUUGCAGACCAUGUUUCAGUUAAUGACUCCCAAGCAGAUGUACGAACACUUCAAGGGGUAUGAGUAUGUUUCGCAUAUCAACUGGAACGAGGAUAAGGCAGCAGCCAUCCUAGAGGCUUGGCAGAGAACAUACGUGGAGGUGGUUCAUCAAAGCGUCGCCCAGAAUUCCACUCAGAAGGUGCUUUCCUUUACCACGACGACCCUGGACGACAUCCUCAAAUCCUUCUCAGAUGUCAGUGUCAUCCGAGUGGCCAGUGGCUACUUACUGAUGCUUGCCUAUGCCUGUUUAACCAUGCUGCGCUGGGACUGCUCCAAGUCCCAGGGUGCCGUGGGGCUGGCUGGCGUCCUGUUGGUUGCACUGUCAGUGGCUGCAGGAUUGGGCCUGUGCUCAUUGAUCGGGAUUUCCUUUAACGCUGCAACAACUCAGGUUUUGCCAUUUCUUGCUCUUGGUGUUGGUGUGGAUGAUGUUUUCCUUCUGGCACAUGCAUUUAGUGAAACAGGACAGAAUAAAAGGAUCCCUUUUGAGGACAGGACCGGGGAGUGCCUCAAGCGCACAGGAGCCAGCGUGGCCCUCACAUCCAUCAGCAACGUCACAGCCUUCUUUAUGGCCGCGUUGAUCCCGAUUCCCGCUCUGCGGGCCUUUUCCCUCCAGGCGGCUGUCGUAGUGGUGUUCAAUUUUGCUAUGGUUCUGCUCAUUUUUCCUGCCAUUCUCAGCAUGGAUUUGUAUCGACGUGAGGACAGGAGAUUGGAUAUUUUCUGCUGUUUUACAAGCCCCUGCGUCAGCAGAGUGAUUCAGGUUGAACCUCAGGCCUACACGGAGACUCACGAUAGCACCCGCUCCAGCCCCCCGCCCCCCUACAGCAGCCACAGCUUCGCCCACGAGACACAGAUCACCAUGCAGUCCACAGUGCAGCUCCGCACGGAGUACGACCCCCACACACACGUGUACUACACCACCGCCGAGCCGCGCUCCGAGAUCUCCGUGCAGCCUGUCACCCUGACACAGGACACCCUCAGCUGCCAGAGCCCCGAGAGCACUAGCUCCACAAGGGACCUGCUCUCCCAGUUCUCCGACUCCAGCCUGCACUGCCUUGAGCCCCCUUGCACCAAGUGGACACUCUCAUCUUUUGCCGAGAAACACUAUGCUCCUUUCCUCUUGAAACCAAAAGCCAAGGUCAUGGUGAUCUUCCUUUUCCUGGGCUUGCUGGGGGUCAGCCUUUAUGGGACCACCCGAGUUCGCGACGGGCUGGACCUUACCGACAUUGUGCCUCGGGAAACCAGAGAAUACGACUUUAUUGCUGCACAGUUUAAAUACUUUUCUUUCUACAACAUGUAUAUAGUCACCCAGAAAGCAGACUACCCGAAUAUCCAGCACUUACUUUACGACCUUCACAAGAGUUUCAGUAAUGUGAAGUAUGUCAUGUUGGAAGAAAAUAAACAGCUUCCCAAAAUGUGGCUGCACUACUUCAGAGACUGGCUCCAAGGACUUCAGGAUGCAUUCGACAGCGACUGGGAAACUGGGAAAAUCAUGCCAAACAAUUACAAAAAUGGAUCAGACGAUGGGGUCCUUGCCUAUAAACUCCUGGUGCAGACUGGCAGCCGCGAUAAACCCAUCGACAUCAGUCAGUUGACUAAACGGCGCCUGGUGGAUGCAGACGGCAUCAUUAAUCCCAGCGCUUUCUACAUCUACCUGACCGCUUGGGUCAGCAACGACCCCGUGGCUUAUGCCGCCUCCCAGGCCAACAUCCGGCCUCACCGUCCUGAGUGGGUCCACGACAAAGCCGACUACAUGCCGGAAACUAGGCUGAGAAUCCCAGCAGCAGAGCCCAUCGAAUAUGCUCAGUUCCCUUUCUACCUCAAUGGCUUGCGUGACACCUCCGACUUCGUGGAAGCAAUUGAAAAAGUCAGAACCAUCUGCAACAACUACACAAGCCUGGGCCUCUCCAGCUACCCCAACGGCUACCCCUUCCUCUUCUGGGAGCAGUACAUCGGCCUCCGCCACUGGCUUUUGCUUGGUAUGAGUAAAACGGUUUUGUGUGUUGUGUGUAGUGUGUUUAUGGCCAACCCCUCAUCUCCUGCCUUCUUACAGGUGACGGUCCUGGCUUUGAUGACGGUUGAGCUCUUUGGCAUGAUGGGCCUCAUCGGAAUCAAGCUCAGCGCGGUGCCUGUGGUCAUCCUGAUUGCGUCCGUCGGCAUAGGAGUGGAGUUUACCGUUCACGUUGCUCUGGCCUUUCUCACAGCCAUUGGCGAUAAGAACCGCAGGGCCGUGCUUGCCCUGGAGCACAUGUUUGCACCUGUUCUGGAUGGGGCUGUUUCUACUCUGCUGGGAGUGCUGAUGCUGGCAGGAUCAGAAUUUGAUUUCAUUGUCAGGUAUUUCUUUGCUGUCCUGGCAAUCCUAACAAUCCUGGGUGUUCUCAAUGGGCUGGUUUUGCUUCCAGUCCUUUUGUCCUUCUUCGGACCGUAUCCUGAGGUAUCUCCAGCAAACGGGAUGAACCGGCUGCCCACUCCUUCCCCAGAGCCGCCCCCCAGUGUGGUCCGCUUUGCCGUGCCCCCUUGUCAUGCGAACAACGGGUCCGAUUCCUCUGACUCGGAGUACAGUUCUCAAACGACCGUUUCAGGCAUCAGUGAGGAGCUUCGGCAGUAUGAGGCCCAGCAGGGCGCCGGGGGCCCUGCCCACCACGUGAUCGUGGAAGCCACAGAAAACCCCGUCUUUGCCCGCUCCACCGUGGUCCAUCCUGAAGCAAGACAUCACCCGCCUUCGAACCCUCGACAACAGCCCCACCCGGACUCUGGGCCCCUGCCACCUGGACGGCCAGGCCAGCAGCCCCGGAGAGAACCUCUCAGAGAAGGCUUGCGACCACCUCCCUACAGACCGCGCAGAGACGCUUUUGAAAUUUCUACUGAAGGGCAUUCUGGCCCUAGCAAUAGGGACCGCAUGGGCCCCCGAGGAGCUCGCUCUCACAACCCUCGGCAUCCAGCGUUCACUGCCAUGGGUAGCUCCAUGCCCGGCUACUGCCAGCCUAUCACCACCGUGACGGCCUCAGCCUCUGUAACUGUUGCUGUGCACCCCCAGCCCACCCCCGGGCCUGGGCGAAACCCCCGAGGGGGCCUGUGCCCGGGCUACGAGGACUACCCCGAGAUGGACCCUGGGCUUUUCGAGGACCCCCACGUGCCUUUUAGCGUGCGGUGUGAGAGGAGGGAUUCCAAGGUGGAGGUCAUCGAGCUACAGGACGUGGAGUGUGAGGAGAGGCCCCGGGGCAGCAGCUCCAGCUGAGGGUGAGUAAAAUCUGAAGCAAAGAGGCCAAAGAUUGGAAUCCCCACCCCCACCUUCCCUCCAGACUGCUUGAAGAGAACUGCUUGGAGUUAGAAAGAUACUGCACCAGGGUGGCAGUUCGUUGUUACUGUAACCGAUUGUAUUAUUUUGUGAAAUAUUUCUAUAAAUAUUUAAGAGGUGUACACAUAUGUAAUAUACAAAGGAACAGAUGUAAAGAAGUGUGAUCUGGGGCUUCUCCACUUCUGCCCCAGAGUGGGCAGUGGGGAGGCCCCAGCAAGGCCCCUCCCUAUUUGUACAUUGGUCUCUGUGCCACAACCAAGCUUAACUUAGUCUUAAAUUUCAGCAUGUGUUGCUGCUGCUUAAAUAUUGUAUGAUUUACCUGUAUAAUUCUAUGCAAAUAUUGCUUAUAUAAUAGGAUUAUUUUGUAAAGGUUUUUGUUUAAAAUAUUUUAAAUUUGCAUAUCACAACCCUGUGGUAGUAUGAAAUGUUACUGUUAACUUUCAAACACGCUAUGCGUGAUAAUUUUGUUGUUGUUUAAUGAGCAGAUAUGAAGAAAGCACGUUAACCCCGGUGGCUUCUCUAGGUGUAGUUGAAUGCGAUUCUUCUGUUUGGCUGUGUGUGUGAACGUGUGUGAUUCCCCAAUGUACUGUACUGUGAUUUUUUUUUCUUUUUUUGUUUCUUUAACUGUCUGUCUAACCCUUAGUGGGCUCUGCCCUGGUCAGGCUGGAAGAGUCAGGAUACCUUUCUUGCCUAGUGCCAGUAGAGGGCUAGCGCCACCCUAAACAUCGCCUUAUCCUUUUGCCAGACUCACUUCAGCUCGUGCCUCAGAGGAGAUAACUUCCUUCAGAUGGAUCUUUGGUGGUCGUUGGAACCUCAGGGUACAGAGAUCUUCCUUGUCGUUCAAGAAUUAGAGAACACACCUCAUGGUGAGCCUUGGCUGGGCCAUGAAUGUGUUAUGCAGCCUUCAUUAUACCUCUCGUGACCAACACACACACACAUGCAUACCCUCCUCCCACCAAAAAAAAAAAAUUUAAGAGUAGAUUGAAAAUGUUUUAUGGAGACAAUGACCCUGCUACAGGUAUAAAAACCUGUUCAUUCUGGACCCAUAAUAAACCCAGAGGUGAUGUUUCGAGUCUCUACAAUUUAAACUCUCUUUCUUCCUAAACUGCACAGUGGGUUGGGGCUUUCUGGAUCUGUUUGCGUCUUUAAAUAGUGAGCAUCCAAUAUGGUGAUGCGGAAUUAGAAGUUCUGUAGGAUGUGAACUUCAGAAGGAUCCUUCUCAGUGUUUGCAUUAACAUGAUGGGUGCAUACUUCCUAAGUAAAUCCUCUCCUUCCUCUCACUAUCAUUAGUGUUCUUUCUAUGUGGCAUUUAUUGACGAGCAGGGAGAUGCUUAUUGUACACACCCCACUGAAGAAUGGAUAUGGAGGCAAGUCUCUCAACCAGGCAUUACUUUAAAGAUUUGCUUCUGUAUCAAUUCUAUCUCUGAGGCUUGGUCUUCCUCAGCUCUUAGCCUGAGAGACAAGCAAAUGUCGGGGAAGCACUUGACACCCAGACUUAAGCUACUAUAGGAGGGCACAAAUGGCAGCUCCCAUCAUGCCCUCCCAUUUUACAUGGAAAAUUGUAAUCGAAAGGCAACGGGCCCCCAGGUAGUACCCAGCAGUGCAGUGACCUCAGAUCCUAAACUCAUCACAAAACUGUAAGAUACUAAUUAGAAGCCACCUGUGGCCACCAGGUAUGUGUGUUAAUAUGCUAGGGGCCCUGACGGCUCCACCGCUACUGUUUGGUGCCUCUGUUAGCCACACUGUCUGUCUACCUAACACCCAGCUCUGCUCAGAAAACUUACGUCCUGCGUUCAGGAGAGAGACAAUGCAAAAUUCUGAGGCCUGCUUCCCUGUGCCUCGUGGCAUGCCCUCACUCCUUUCCUGAGCCCAACUCGUGUGGCGCAUGACAGCUUGCCCAGCCACUGCUUUCUGCACAGCAUAGAAUUUUCUCUCCGAUAGUCACAUUGGCAAAGGGAGAACGCGGGGGCUGGCAGGCAACUAGAAUUUCUCUCUCCUUAAAUAGUUUUAUUUUGUCUGUCUUGUUUGUUCAUUUGGAUGUUUUAAUUUUUUAAAAGAAAUCUUUGCUGAUAUUUAUAAUUUUGUAUCAUAAGAAUGUUUUCCUACAGUAUUUGUCAUGCCAGUUUAUAACAAAAAGAAUGCAGGGAUUUUUAUUUCUAUUGGAAACACUAUUACAACUAUGUUUUACUUUUGAACAGAAUUUUUAUUUGUAUAGAGUGCUUACUAAUGUUAAAUAGUUCAGAGUAUAUAACAUUUUCAUUAAGGAUUCAUGGUAGGUUUUAGUGUAAGGAGUUUAAAGGAAAUAAAUAUUCAAACUGGGUCUCAUUGUCUGCCAGUUUUGGUGGAAAUGGGUUUGUGUCAUUUCAAUUACAAAGAUAAAAGUAUGCCAUAUAAUUUAUUUAUAUGAAAAUUUAUUUUUGUAGUGUACAUAGUAGUCAUCAAGUCUUUUGACAGAAGUAUAUUUUUAAAGAAUUUAUAUGUGAUGAAUCCAUAAUGUCUGGAACUUUGCUGAGACAUGAGUGGGGCACACUUUUCAUUGUAAAGUACAACAAGGAAAAGAAAAAGUUUUAACAGUGUUAAGAGAGUGAGAUCAAGUGAAUAAUCAUGCAAUUGUGAAGUGUGUAUUAGUUACCAUUUGUGAACUAGUGUGGUUCUCAUUUUAAACUUUGGAAGGCAAAAAUGUACAAACUCUCUAAAUAUUAAUGUUCAAACACUGAUAGAAGUUCUAACAUGAAUAAAAAAUAAUAUAACUUGUUGGUUA